CACUGGACUGAAUUCACCCCUGGACCAUGGACAGACGUUUGGAAGUGGAAAUAUUCUGCCCAAUUUGCCUGGAAUUGUUCUUCGAUCCCAUUUCUCUGUCCUGUUCACACAUUUUCUGCUUUCAUUGCAUUCAAGAUUGGCUGAGAAUUAGAGAAGACUCAAUCCUGAUCUGCCCCUUGUGUCGAAGAGAAAACAAGAAACCUGUCAGGGAAGAGCUGCAUAUUAGAACGCUGACACUAUGGAUCAGGCAGCAUGGCUCAUUCCUGGGGCAAAAUCUCCUUUGGAGUACUGAGCUUCUGAGGUUCUGGGUGGAUGUGACCUUGGAUGCUGCCACCGCCAACUGUCUCCUUGUGCUCUCCAAUGAUCUAAAGACUGUCCACUGUGGGAAGAUCUGCCACAACCUGGUGGAGUAUCCCACAAGAUUCACUAGGCUUGCUUGUGUCCUGGGCUCCCCCUACUUCUCCUCUGGACGCCAUUACUGGGAAGUCGAAGUGGAACAAGGGACGGAGUGGGCCCUGGGUGUCUGCAAAGAGUUGGUGGAAAGAAAGAGGAGCAUGAAUUUAUCUCCUGAGCAUGGUUUCUGGAUCAUUAGCUUGAAGGCAGGAGAAAUUCAUGCUAACUCGACGCAGGAAAGAAUUCCUGCAAGUCCUGACCUUUGCCAAGUGGGAAUUUUCCUGGAUGUGGAGAUGGGAGAAAUCAAAUUUUUUAAUGUUAACAAUGGUGACCUCAUUUGUACAGCUGUUUUGUUCUCCAUAGCUGUUUGGGAGUAUUUGUGUCCAUUCUUUUAUCCCGAGUCACCAGCAGAACAGAAUAGGGGUUCCCCAUUGAGGAUAGUCUCAUAAGAAAUUUACCCUCCUCACAAACUUUCUGAGAUGAAUGAGUCCUUGGACUUGAAAGAGGUCACCAUGACCAAGGAAGAGACAAUUUGAUAAAGUGUCAAGAUUUAUUAGUUUCAAAAAUAAAUUUUGCAGCUCUUUCUGCUUUUUGAUCAUUAUGUAAGCUGCUUACUUCUGCCACACUCUUCUGCCAUGAUGUUCUGCCUCACCUUGAGCCCCAGGAAAUGGAGCUGGCUGCCUAUGGACUGAAACCUCUGAAACUGUAAGUCCUCAAAUAAAACUUUCCUCCUCUAUAACAUAAAUAAACAAACAAAAGAUAAAUUAUUUUUGUAGACUGUAGCAGAACCACAGACCAGUUUUCAUUUUUGUUUUGUGGUUUGUUUUUUGGUGAUUUUUCUAGACUUUGUGACUGAUUUUUUUUUGUACAUUUUUAGUGGAUUUUUUUUAGACUAUAUGGUGUCUUCAGGAAAGUUAUUAAAUACAACUGACCUCAGUUUUCUAGUCUAUGAAUGGGCAUAUUUAUAUGUGUCAGGCAAAUAACUCUGAUGAUUAGAAACAAUACUGCAUGUUUGUGUUCCAGUAAAUAACACAGAUUGUAAGAAUUUUGGGGAUAGAAACAAUAUCUUUUUCAUUACUUCAUGCUCCUUUUUUUUCCUUAUAGAAUUUCUGUAUGAUUGUUUUCUGGGAGAAAGAAGAAUCAGAUAUCUAGUGAGAUGUUUUGAAAUGACAUGAAAUUUCAGAGAGGGACAUAUAACUUUUUCCAAAUGGCCAAGAGCUUUGACUAAGUUAUAUUGUUAAUGAUUCAUACUUGUUCUAAUGGGAAUUUCCCCUUUGCCUUUUCAAUAAUUGGCCGAUUGUGUGGUUUUCAAAAUGAUAUGGCAUGUAUAACAGAAAAAAAAAAGGUGCCAAUAGGUUCAAUCAGAGAAUGUCAAGUUUUACAAAUGGCAACAGAUUCUGAACCUCCUGGAGUCAAUUACAUGAAGAGGGAAUGACUGUUCUGAAGGUUGGAUUCCUGAA